AUGACUUCCAUGGCGUACAGACUCUUAGCCGUAACCGUUACAAUGCUAUUAACUACUUCGCUAAUGGCUUUUGCUAAAGAUAACAAUGUCAGUGAAAAAGAUUCUAAUUCCGAAAAUAGCAACGACAUCACUAAACGUGGGGGGCAACCAGCGGGCGAUCUAUCGGAUUACUUUUGUGUGAUAGAAUGCUUGGAAGAUGACGAAGAUAGAGAUGUAAGAGCAAUUCGGGAAGCCAAAGAUUUCCUGGACCAUUUACCAGAAAUUACCCAUUCCCAAGCAAGAUAUAAUUCGGACAAGAUUGGCACACUGUUUAAUUUGUAUGAACGCGGGCGUAGGCAAGGUAGACGAGCAAUGCUCAAUGACAUUAUGUCGGGCUUAAUCCACAAUAAGGGUGUCUUUAAAGCUGUCAGCAGAGAUGAACUGGAGGAUGAUGAGAAUGAGAAAGCAAACUGCAGUAAAGAAUGUAUGUUUAAAGGAUUUUUUGGCCGCGACAGCAAACCUGAUCGUAUUGAAAAGGAACGAGAGAAUGCAGUUAUGACCGCUUUAAAACAUCGCUUUUACGUCGGCCAACCUAUCCGAUACGUAGAAGAUAUUAUUGGAGAAGGCAAAGUAGCAAAGAAUACAGAAAUUAGGCACCGUCAACAGAUGAAAAAUGCGGAAAAUAAUUUUAAAUCAUAUUUAAGAAAAAUAUCCCUUCGAAAUGGUCGAUUUAACCUCAAUUAUAACUAA